AUGGACGAAUCACUCUUACCGGCUCUUCGAAGAGAAACCGUUCGAACAGUCAACAAAGCAUCUAAACCAGGUGGAGCAAUUGAUAAUGGAACUUUUACAAUGAAAAGCGCAAGAUCCGAAAUUGAAUCUUCUAUGAAAUUACAAAGUGGUUCGUUGAGUGGUGAAUGGAAAAACACUGUGAAAGAAUUAGUUCAGGAAGCGAUUGAUAACUUGGAUCAAGGUCAUUCCCCCCAAACAAAAGCAUCAGGCUCAGAGCUGAAAUCCAAGCUCAGCAGUAAAAACGGAAAGGGAACCGAAAAGAAAAAGGGAAAGAGAAAGGAAAAGCAGAGAUCUCCUGAUUCACCUCAAAAUGAAUCAUCUGAUGAAGAGGAAAAGGAAGAUAUAGUAUCUGAUGAUGAAGCUGGAUUAUCAACUCCUCAAGCCAAACGCAAGUCUUCUUCAUCAAAGGGAAAGUCGUCUGCACGAAAGAGCAUUCACUCUGAAGAAGAAAUACCUAUGAUGGACAAACGCGAGGAAGAACCUCAAGCUAGAUUAGAUGAUUCAGACAUGUCUUCAGUAUAUGAUGAACCACCAACUACAAAAUCACGUCAAAAGAUAAAAUCAACAUCAUCAUCGACCAAAAAGACUGCAAGCGGAAACGGUAAGAGGAAAUCGAAAUCUGUUUCUGCUAUUUCAAGCGAUGAUGAUGCUCCCAAGAAGAGUGUGAAGAGGAAAAAGAAAGAUCCUAAUGAAGGUCUCUCUCCCGAGGAAGCUAAGCUGGCUGACCUGAAGAGGAUCGUUGUAGCUUGUGGAAUACGGAAACAAUGGGCAAAGGAAUUUGCAGAGUAUCCUACGACUUCAUCCCAAAUAAGACAUCUUCAAAGCAUCUUAACUUCCCUCGGUAUAAGAGGUGCUCCAACUAUGGGAAAGGCGAAAUCUAUCAAGGAGAAACGGGAUUUGGCUCAAGAAUUAGAUGACGUUCAGAGCUUCGAAGCUGCUAGAGGCGUAUCUUCCGAAACGACAGAAAGGAGAACAAGGGGUACAUCUAGUAAAUCAAAGAGGAAGACGAUCAUCUCAGACGAAGAAUCUGACGCGAUACCCGUAUCUGAAGAUUCUGAAGAAGGGGAGUUGGAUAAAGAGCAUUCUGCUUUAGGAGCGAUAAUGGAUUUGGACUUUCUUGGAGGAGAUAGUGAUACUGAUUAG